CACAUAUCAGCUCUUCAGCAGCAACUUGAGGCUCAGGUGUGUUUCUGAAGACACCCCCCCCCCCACACACGAGUCAACAUGCUGCCUGAGACCCUCCUGCAGCAGUGAUGGCGGCCCUCAGCCCCCCUGCCCCGCUCCUCUGUGUGCUGCUGUGUGUGUCGGUGGCUCUGCAGCGCUCUGACCUGCGCCUGGCCUAUGUGACCCACAACAGCUUCUUCUACUACUCCUGCAGCCAGCUCCCGCAGCCCUGCAGCCUGUCGUCCCUCACAGACUGCAGAUGCAAGGACAUCCAGUCGUACUCCACCCCUGUUUUCGGGGCAAGACGUUUAACAGUUUGGUUCACGUCGCCGCUAAACACGGCACGUCUGCUCAACAACUCUGAGGUGAGGCACCUAACUCUCAUCCACUGUGGAUCCAGAGAGACGCCUUCUUCUUCCCUGGAGGGACAUUUUUCUGUGCAACACCUGGAGAGACUGACCAUGGUGAACAUGGCGCAGAGGCCUGUUUAUCAAAGUCCAGAUGCAAACAGAUUUAGAACCUCAAACAGUGACCCAGACAGGGAUAAUGGAGCUCACUUUGGCUCAAAUAGAUACAACAGGGAAGAAGACACAAACAUGGACAUGGUUGAGGACCUGCAGAGAGAUUCCUUUGAUUUUUCCCCAUCCCAGAUCCAGGACAUCUUCCUGGGCAGGGAGCUGGGAGCAGCGUUUCAUGAACAGGCCCGACUGGGGGUCAUCCACAGCUCCGUGCUGGAGUGGGGGGCAGAGGCCAAAGCCUACACUGUCCAAACACAUAUAGACAAUGACGGCAUGCUGCCCUUUCAGGACCUCCACCUGCCGAAGUUACCAGAGACCUCUGUCAUAUAUGUCAGCUUUGUGUACUGAUACUGAGUAACUUAGAACAACAGAGGAAAGAGGAUCCAGUGUGCAGGACCUGCAAACAAUCUCUGUCUUGCUCAGCAGGGGUCCUGUUUCAGAAACUAUCCUCUUUCUUAAGGAGAAUCUAAAGUAGGAUUUUUCCCAAUUGCUUUUCCCUUGCUUACCAAACAUUCUAACCAAUGGCCACCAAUCUUUCCUCACAUGACCGGGCUAAACUACUUUGUAUUUAUCAUUGUCACAUACGAUAACAUACAUUGACAAAUACAAAGAUUGAGCAAAAACAGCAAUGGACACUCAAAUUUGAGAUAGAUAAUUACGUAUAAAGGGAAAGUUUCUUAGUCGUGAUACCAAAAUAAGGAGAGAUUAUUCAAUAUUUUGAUGAAUAAAUAAGGAGGGUCUUGAAAUACAAACUCCCUAAGUUACUUAUAGGGACAUUCACUAAGAACCUUAGAAAACUACAUACGAUUUUAUUGUCAAAUAGCUUUAAUUGUAUUUUUCCCAAGCGACCUGGAAAGCAUGCACAGCUGUUUAUCAGCAUGAUAGAAGAAGAUAUGUUAACUAAUGAGAGACCCUCUGAGGGAGCAGAAUAUCAACCCCCUCCAGCUGACGAGUCCUUUGUUUAUAAAUACUGUAAUUAGAUAAUGUAAUCCCUAAUAUGAAAUAAUAGUGGCUUUGAACGAGUUGAGCAUUUAUUCUCCUCUUGUUUUUCCUCUCCACCAAAAAGAGAAAUGAGAACUUCCAUCAAGAAAUUCAUCCAACAAAACGUCUGAAUUCAGACUGAAUGAGAAGCUGCUGGCUGUUCUUUCUUCGGUUCAGGAAGCCACGUUUAUCAGAUGAGAAAAACAGGAGGGUUUAGUAUUUAAGCCAAAAUGUCAUAAAGAGGGAGGACAUUCCACACAUUUGGACACAGAAUGAAUUCCUCGCAGCUCUGCUUUUUUCAUUUUCUCCAGCUGACACUGACCUCUGGUCCCUGUGUAACAGCACAGAUAUCUCCUCUGGGACAUUGAAGUUUGUUUUGAAAUGUAUGCAGCUUUAAACCACAAGAUGGCAGCAGAUACAUCUCAGUAAAAGAGGAAGAAGCAAACUGAAGUGUUGAGGAAGGACUGAGAUAAUAUACAUAAAUAUGACAGCAGGAGAUAAAACAUGUUUUCUUCUUUUUGUUCUUAAGGUCUUCAACUGUUUUAAAAAUCCAGUAAGCAUUAAAUUCAACAAAUGUGUCAUGAAGCAUUUCAGCACUUUAAAAGCUUGUGAUGAAUGACAUAGGAUAGAGAUACAUUGUUAAUAGUAAAUGAAGUGUGGCAUGAUAUUUAUUGGUUUACAAAAGUGAAAUUAACAAUGUUAUCGCUUGCGCUUGUAUACAACAAAAACAAAAAUAAAUGAUUAACUCAUG